AUGAAAAUUCCAAAUUUCUUCAAAAAUCUUAUAUUUGGAGUGCCAAUCGGUAUAACAAUAGUAGAUUCUGUAGGAUAUGUGGCCCGAGUCGACGGGAUUUCCAUGCAACCGGCCCUGAAUCCAGAUAAAAAUACCACCGAUUAUGUGUUUCUGAAUAGACUUGCUGUGAGAUCUUACGAAGUUCAAAGGGGCGAUAUAGUUUCUUUAGUGUCCCCUAAGGACCCCACACAAAAGAUUAUCAAAAGAGUUGUUGGAGUGCAAGGUGAUCUUGUUAAGACUCUAGGCUACAGAGAAUUGGUAGUCAAAGUGCCAGAUGGUCACUUCUGGAUAGAAGGAGACCACACAGGACAUUCUAUGGACUCUAAUAAUUUUGGACCAGUUUCAUUAGGUCUACUGACUGCCAAAGCUUCUUGUAUAGUUUGGCCUCCUUCUCGUUGGCAAAUUAUUCAAAACUUUUUGCCAACUAAUAGGGUACCUUUGAAUAUUAAACCUAUUAUACGGGUAUUUUAG